AAGUUGAACUCAAAUUGAAGGGAGAACGCACGUGGAGCGACGCUACUAGCAGAGCUCGGGAAUAAGUUUGAGACUCCGCACUAACUUUAAUUAAAACUUAGUUGAUUAGUUGAGACUUAACAGAAUGGUUAACGUUCAGCUCUGUUAAAAAUGUUUCACCCUUCUUUAUGUUACUGUCGAUAGUGACGAAAACUCUUUCAAGAGCUUUCUUGAAAAUUUUGAACUGAAGGAUAUUUAGUUUGAAACUUUCUGGCACAAUUGAGACUGGGCAUGCGCCUGCUUUAGUGAUUCCAAAUUCAAAAUCUGGAGUCUCUCUGUGAGCAAUACCUAAACAGAGUGACCCGCACCACAGGGUGAAGAAUCUAGUCAUCAUGGUGGACAAGGGACCGUUACUGACUUCGGCUAUAAUUUUCUACCUGUCCAUCGGGGCAGCAAUAUUUCAAGUCCUCGAGGAGCCCAACUGGAAGACCGCCGUGAACAAAUACAAAGACGAAAAGAAGGACAUUCUCAAACGCUACCCCUGCCUCAAGAAAGAUGAUCUGGACUAUAUUUUGGAGAAGGUGUCUGAAGCUGCUGGACAGGGUGUCACCAUCACAGGCACUGAGCCCUUCAACAAUUGGAACUGGCCUAAUGCUGUCAUCUUUGCUGCUACAGUCAUCACUACAAUAGGUUAUGGAAACAUCGCUCCCAAGACGCCUCAAGGCAGGGUCUUCUGUAUCUUCUACGGGCUCUUCGGCGUCCCUCUGUGUCUCACCUGGAUCAGUGCGCUGGGCAAGUUCUUUGGAGGGAGAGCCAAACACUUGGGUCAAUACCUGACCAAGAAAAGAGUCUCUUUGAGAAAGGCCCAGUUUACCUGCACUGCCUUGUUCCUCCUCUGGGGGGUGGUGAUACACCUUGUGAUUCCCCCCUUUGUCUUCACCGCGUUUGAGGGCUGGACCUACAUCGAGGGGCUUUAUUUCUCCUUCGUAACCAUAACGACCAUCGGCUUUGGGGACUUGGUGGCAGGUGUCAACCCAACUAUUGUGUACCCAGCUCUGUACCGCUACUUCGUGGAGCUAUGGAUCUACCUGGGCCUGGCCUGGCUGUCACUGUUCUUUAACUGGAAGGUGAGGAUGUUUGUCGAGGCCCACAAGGCCCUGAAGAAGAGGAGAAGACGCCGAAAGGAGUCUGAGGAGGAGAUGCGCCACUGCAAGGAGGAGAACAAGAAGGCCCUGCACCUUGCGUGCAACGCCAACGACGCCAACAUUUUCAAGUUCCUGUCCAAGAAGGAGGAGGGCUACAAUGACCUCAUCAAGCAGAUCGGCGUUAAGAACGGAAGUGCCGGCCGGGGGGACGGCGGCAGCAAUGUCCGCAGCAAGAGCUGCAACGGCAACGUCAACGAGAUCCUGAAGUUCGACAGCUCGCCCCGCCAGCGCCGCCGGCACAGCUUCGGCGACAGCGUCCUGUUCUCCAAGAGGAGGUGCCUCCUGACGGAGGAGGAGGAGAACCGGGAGCUCCUGCCCGACCUGAGCGGGAAGAUGGACCUGGAAAUGCGGGAGCAGGCGUACGAGAACCAGCUGGACAAGGAGGGCAGAGAGGGCAGGUACGGCUGGGCCUGCAAGGAGUACCAGGCCCUCAUCUUCCAGAACGCCAACAUCACCUUCAUUGACGAGGAGAACCUGCUGAACGACGACUCCAAGACCAAAAUCUCGACGGACGAGAAUGUCGAGUCGGAGUCGGACUCGCGGGAAGAGAGGGCCUCGGAGUCAGAGGGCUCCGUUUUCACCAUAGACAGCUCGGACCGCUCCCUGUCCUACGAGCAGCUGGUGGAGGAGUACUCCAAAGUGGACAACACGGACAUCCCUACGUGAGCCCCGGAGUGGGUUUCAAUUAUUGAUGAUUGAUUUAUUCUGCUUUUUGGACCUAACAAGAGACUUUCUCACAAUCUGCCAUGUUGAAAUGAGCAAGAAGAGACCAAUACUGUAUACGCAUUAAAAAACUUACUGGUACUAAGCCCAUGCGCGGUUCUGUGCGCAGUCCAGUCAAAUGAGUUUAACAUGUGAAGGCAGGAAAUGGAAAAUCAGUCUGUCAGUCUUCAAGAUACCAGUGUUUUUGGGCCUAGUAGAGCAAAACUUCCUGUGAACUUGUAAUCCAUAGAAGAUCCAUAUCCGAGUCUGGUUGCCCUGGUGGCCAGCUCAUAAGGGACUCAUGGGUUUUAAGAAGGACCUGAAGUGGGGGGUAAAUGCAGCUUCAUCCUGCUUCUAGCGUUUUUUAUUAAUCAAAAGUUUUAAUUGUCCUUAUGUGGACCUUCUAGGAUCCAAACAAUUUCCUGUUUUCUCCCAUGUCUUCCACUGUGGAGUUCUACGCAGAAAUGGGAGAACUUGACUUCUGCGCUUUUGUUUUAGAUGAGGGACCAACCAGGCUGUGUCCUCCACUCAAGUGCCAAGAGGACAGCCAUUAGGAGUGUUCCCGGGUGCAGAAUAUCCAUUCACCAUAUUGGUGCAUCUUGAAUUAUUUCUUGAAGGAAUAAGUCUGUCAUAAUUGUGUGGUGUGCAGGAAUUUCUUCUGCUCUGGUUCUGAGCUCUAGAUCAAGGACUGUAAUGGCCUCGGGGUGCUUUGAUCUCGGACUGUUCGCAAGGCUUGGAUUCUUGCACCACUUGCUGCGCUAACCAAAUUGUCGGUUUCUCCCAUACACUCCUGUUUCUUAUCCACGGUGUACCGCGCUUCCUGGAACUGCUGCAUGUGUUCCUGUUUUUGUAACACUCUGGUUGCGACACUGGUGUCUGGGCUAAGAUUCAGUGGUAGAACUAGUAGACACCCGCUGUCUUUAAAGUCUUAAGUAUGUCGUCCCUUCCAAAAUGGGAUGAGAUGGAGAGACAGUCUUGUGCUUGGUCAUGCUGGGAUUGCGAUUCAAAUAGGUGGACUGGCACACUAGUCCUCGUCUCUUCUGGUUUUUACUCCAGCUGAGGUGAUCAAACCUAUUCACCCUUUAGUUGACCUAGUUGCUUUAAAGUCCCUUUAGCCUUUGAAAAUCUAGAGAAGUUUGGAAGUUAGCAGUAACUUUGUUUCAGAAUUACCUUCUUAUUAUUUUUGCUUAUUUCAAGAUGGCGUUUGAACAGUGGGUCACAGUGGACUAUAAGUGCUUGUAAUGUGGGUGUUGGAGACUUUAUAUCAAUAUUUAAUAACUGAUUAUCGGUUUCCCGUUGUUCCCACUGAUAUAAGAAAGCAAUCCUUUAAUCAUUGGAAAUAGUUUCAGACAUAUCCUUCAUAUGUGUUAUUUCAAAGAAACACUGCAAACAGUACUAUCAAGAACAGAGAACAUUUUUAAAAAUUAAAAGGUGGUUCAAUUAAGACUAUAAGCUUAAUCAGUAGCCUCAGCUGGAGCAAAAACAUGACUACUGAUGUGACUUUGUUUUUUUAGAUUUGCACAAAGGCUUGUUGAAAAAUAGACCAGCCCUGCCAGGUGAUCCAUUAACAGUGAUGCCAUUGCUCGGUGCAAGCAUAAGUGCCUUACGUUUAGGAUUCAGACUCGCACUUUCUUUGUAGUGCCAAGUGAGGUGAUUCAGUCAUCACUGCCUCUAGCAAGGAGACCUCUGUCUUUUUUUGGGGGGGGGGGGCUUUGUGAAGGCAGAACUAAACAGUACAUUUUCUGGUUAAACAUUUUGAAACCCUUGUGUUUGAGUAAGAGAUUAGGUGCUCUUUCCUUGCGAGUGGAAGUGCUGAACUACCUGUUUUUUAUGUCAGAGUGACACAAUUACUGAAAGUGAAAAACGUUACUGCUUUUGUGAGCAGUGGAUCAAUUCUUUUAUACCCCUUUUACGUUGUUCCCAGUAGUUUCUUUUUUUGAACAGUUCACCUCCUGAAGAAACGAACCUGUUUUGUUUCAAUUUGUGCCAUCAAGUGCUGUAAAACGGUUGCUUAUGCAUUGCAUCAGUUUUGCUUCUGAUGUGGACUGGGAGUUGCAUUCAGGCUGAAACACGUUUUUGCAUGUUAUACUUGUUUUUCGCUUUGCACGGAGAGCUUGGCAGCAUGGAAUUUCUUACAUUUGUGUGAGAGGUCAAGCUCGGUGCGCGGCCUGUAAUUAAAUUAUUGCAACCAUCUCCAACAGAAAGAGCAGACUCCCCAUCUGCAAGAAUCCUUCUUCUAUUUUUAGCACAGAAGCCCCUUCCACUCCACUACUUCUAGCUUUUAUUAAAAUCACAGGUUUCCCUUGUGAGUCCCGGAAAUGAACAGGAUGAACAUGUGCUGGAAAAGCAUGCAAGCUCAUGACCAUUCCUUCAGUGACUGAGUGAUAGCAAAUGCUGUGGAAAUGUUUAAGAUUGUAGUUAAAUGGUUGCUUACUUACAGCUGUCAGCUUUGUACACUGCCUCAUCAGAACAGGAAGUCUUGCUGCAGUUGUAAGGCAAGUAAAACCACAACCUCAAAGUGGAACAUUUCUUACAGUAUAUUUAGUGAUUAGUGUGAAAUGGACAUUUUUUGGUUUUUGUUUGUUUCUGUUUGCUUGUAUCUUUUGUGAAUUAAUUGAUAUAUUCCUGGUCCUAACAAGCUUUCCCCGUGUCAUGCUUUCAUGUUCACUUUGCAAAUGCAAUCUUAACAAAAUCACAAGCCUUAUUUCAUAAAUAAGGCUUGGUUGUUCAGUGGUUUAGCCAAUAGUGCAAAGAUGUCGCUGAACAAAUUCAGUGAAAAUUCCUGUAGGAACUUCCUUACACUCCACGUAGCAUUCAGCUGCCUAUCUGCAACCGAACUUUGAAAUUGGAAAGAAAUCAGGGAAUGAUUACCAGGGGAUAGUAAAGGUACAUCAUUAUCAGGCAUGAAUACGUUGAAAAGAGGUGAUUUGACUGGACUCCUUUUCUGUGUCAAGCACUGCCAGAAAGGCCCCGAAUUAGCAGGGUGAAGUGAUAUUUGCUUGCUUGAAACCGAGCCAUGGGAGUGUACAGCAGCCGAAUAAACCCUUUCAGAUCCCGGGCCCAUGGGGAGGCAGUCAGUUUCGAAAACAAGUGUGCUUUCUUAAGUGGAGCACGAGGAUACAUGUAAACGAAAUAAAUAAAAAUGCACAUUGACCCACACACAACCACGCAACUCAAGUGCCGAGAGUUCAGCCGCCGUGGUGCGACAGCAGUUUGACUGCUGUCCCUUUGGGCCAUUUUAUUCCAUUUUUCAAUAAGGCCUGCUUAAGGAUCUGAGAUCUGCUGACAACAAGUCCCCUCAAAGCUUGUGAGCAGGAUAAUAAAAAUGGCACUCAAAGCCAAACGGAAGUCUCAUAAUCUAAAACGAGAAGGAAAUGUAAAAUCCAGAAUGUCGUUGUGUGCUUCUGGUGUAUGAGUGAUUACACUUAUUGGAAAUCACUGUAUUUGUAUACCACUGGAGAGGAAAAGAACCCUUAAGCUCCACAUAAUGACAGGCUAAUGAGCAAUGUUUUUUUUUGUUCAGUUUCUACAGGCGGUGGUUUCUGUAUCGAUUUGCACAGCUGAUCGAUGCCACUGCGUCCCCAGUGCGGUGGAAAAUCCAAACCACCGGUGGCCUUCAGAGUCGUGAAAUUCCAAUCCGAGCCACGGGUUUUAAGCUGCUGAGGUUUAAAAUGUACAGAAGAAAGUUUUAUAAACGAGAGGAGGCCGUUUGGUCCUUAGCUCGUUUGGAUUUUAGUAACUAAUUGAACACUUGUAAUACUGUAAUUCUGCUCUGGCUAUGAUAUCAUGGUACCAUAUCUUAUAGGAUUAUGCCAAGAGUCUCUGCUUCUUGAACAGGAGCCAUCCUUAAUGAUUAUAUCUCCGCUUCUGCAUAGCAGUGUUAACAAAGCCCUUUCUCGGAGUCGAAGUCUCGUGUGCGUUUGUGAUUUCUCAGGUGCCCAUCUUAGGGCACAUCUUACCAUGUCACUUUUACUUUGGAUAAAAGCCUGCUCAUGAUUUUUAAGUAUCCAGUCUUAAAUCAGCUUUAAAAAAAAUGUAUAGGUACUGUUGAGGGCUCUGAAUGACAUGAAAACGAAAGGGUUUUGAUUCUUGGAGAGCAUGUGAUGUUGGUCUAGCAAAGUUUUUUUUUUCCACAACUCCAUUAGCGUAAAACGUACUCCGGCGUAUUUGUUUUGCUGUUGUGGUUAAUCUGAAUUAUUUAUCAUUGGGGAAAAGUGUUCUGUACAUAUUGAAUGGCUUUUUAAAGUAUAAUUUAUUUCAAUAUUUUAAAUAAACUUUUUAUAAAAUGUG